AUGACAUCUUUCUUAAGCCAACUGAAAGGAGUCAUUUAUAGAAAGCUGAUUCUUCAAUGGAAAGGUAUAUUAGGUACAUUAAUUAUUGACUUCAUUGCGAUUAUUUUGAUGAUAGCUCCAGGUUUAAUUUCGUAUUCUCCUGCUCCAGGAGAAAAUGAUUAUUCAGAAAUCAUUUACGGGCCAACAUUUGGUAGUGUAGAAUACCAAAAUAAUCUUUCAAUUACGAGAAUAAAAGAUUCUGGAUGUGAUGGCGGAUAUUGUUUACCAGAAUUGGGAAAUGUCAUCAAAACAAUGAUAAAAACAGAACUAGAUAUUGAUGCUAAGAUAAACGACUUUGAUUCUUUCGAAGAAUUGGACCGAUAUCAAAAAGAAAUAUCAAAAGAUAGGCAACAAUCAAUAAACAAUCUAUUUGCUUACAAAAUUGUUAACAAUUCAUGGUAUAAUAAAGAAGGAGAUGAUCGUAGUGCCAAUAUUACUUGCGUUCUGUUUUAUAACUCAUCUAAUUUUUAUGAAAUUAUUCCGAUUUUUAGACGUGCAAUUUAUAAAAUGAUUUACAGCGAUGUUAAAAAUUCAGAUAUACACUAUCAAAUUACUGUUAAAAAUGAACUGAAGAAAGAUGCAAGUGGAAUUAACCCAUUAAAUAUAAUUAUGUAUUUCCUACUCAUUCCUAUAGGUAUUGCAUUAUUUACAUCAUUUAGUUUUGGUCAAAUUAUUGAAGAUUUACACACACAAAUACGCAAUUUUAUGAUAUCAUGCGGUUUAAAUAGGUUUGUGUAUUGGCUGGGAAAUAUAAUUAUUGAUUCUGUACAUAUGAUCAUAGUUGUUGUUAUCGUCCAUAUAAUUUAUCACAUCCUGAAUGAUCAUGUAUACAUGGCAAUUAAGAAUUAUUUGUUUUAUUCAAUUUUCAUUACUAUGCUCUCGUCUAUCUUUUUCAUGUAUUUCAUGGGAUUCAUUCUUCCAAAUAGGAAUAGUGGUGCUACAAUAAUUUUAAUUUUUCAUUUGAUUAUUGUGAUUGCAGCCUUCAGCAGUGGUUUGUUAUUGAAGGCUAAAUUAGGAAUUAAUACUGUGAGAUUUAUCAGAUGCAUAUUUUGCAUAAUUCCAGUUAAUAAUUUAGUUAAUUGUUUUUAUGCCCCUUUGGAACCUUUUAUAACUUUUGGUUCUCAACCAAGUUCAAUUACUUUAUUCACUGAUUCUUAUGAUAAGAUUCCUUUGAUUGUUGCAUUUGUUAGUGCAUUAUUGUUUAUUAUAAUAAUUUGGAUAGUUGAAAAACAAUCACAGAAUGCAAAGAAGAAAUUCUCAAAAUUCGGAUGGUCUGGACAUGAAAGAGAAUUUAAGGAAUUCAAAGAUAAACAAAAGAUUACAAAGGAAGCAAUAGAUAUGGAACAGAGUGUUCAUAAUUCAUCAGAGGAAUAUGCAAUUAAAAUCAAAGAUGUUUCGAAAUUCUAUUCAGGACCAAAUGGCAAAAACAUUUAUGCAGUCAAUCAGGUCUCACUCGGAAUCAAGAAAGGAUCUCUCUUCGGUUUCUUGGGAUCGAAUGGUGCAGGAAAGACAACACUUAUGAGGAUCAUACUUCGUGAUGAAGCACUUUCAAAUGGAAGUGUCGAAAUUGAAGGUGAUGACAUCGAGAAGUCAUUCGAUCCAAAGAAGAUCUCUCGUUGUCCUCAGUUCGAUGACCACCUCACAGGAAACUUGACAGGAAGACAGAACCUCAAGUUCUUCUGCUACUUGUACAACAAGAGUCGAAGUGAGACAAAAGAAAUCAUCGAUAAGAUGGUUGAUACACUUGACCUUAGUGAACACAUCGACAAGAAAGUCGACAACAUGUCCGGUGGCAACCGAAGGAAGUGUGCUGUCGCGAUCACAUUCAUCUCAGAUGCGAACAUAAUACUCCUCGACGAACCAACUUCUUCACUCGACCCUAUCGCGAGACACAAGGUUCACAACUUGAUCAACGAAUACAGAGGCGAGAAGACAUUCAUGUUAUGCACACACCUCCUCGAUGAAGCAGAAAACCUUUGUGAUAACAUAUCAAUCAUGCUUAAUGGAUGUGUUUUCACCAUUGGCACACCACAAUACCUGUCCAACAGAUUUGGUACUGAAUGGAAAGUUGAUAUUCUAUUAGAAGAUGAUCUUCAGGAAACUCAGGAAAAAAUUACGAACUUUUUCAUAACGGAAAUUCCAUCUGCUGUUCCAUCAAUCGUUCGUCCAAGUAGUAGAAUUUAUACAAUUCCCAAGAAAGAUAUUGAAAUUAAUAAACUUUUUAAGAUCAUGGAGAAAAGCCAAAUUGAUAACAUUGGUAUAAAGUUUUAUACCUGCUCGUGUUCUACACUUGAAAAAGUCUUCCUUGAAAUUGUAAUGCUAAGUGAAUCCAAAGAUCAAAGUAAUGCGAAUGAUGAGAAUGUUAAUAAAAGUUGA